AUGUAUGCCAGGAGUAGUUCUAAUUAUUUAAAAAAAUGUUUAACAUUUAUUCUAAUAUUUGGAUCUUUAAUAGUUCUUCUUAUAAUAUUUUAUCUUGAAAAUAGUGUGAAAGUUAAUAAUGCACAAAGUGAAAUACUAUUAUUCAAUGAAGCAUGGAUACAAGAAGAUGAGAAACUGUUAAAUUUAACUAAUUUUCGAUAUGUAAUAAAAAACGACGUUUGUGGAGAACCUUUUCGAAAAAACACUUUAGCAAUUUUAAUUGUGACUUCUUAUGCUGGAGAUGUAGAAACACGAAGCGCAAUUAGAAGAUCAUUCCCCGCUAAAACACUUUUAAAGUUUGGAGUACGUAGAGUUUUUUUAUUAGCUCUUAUUGAUGAGAAAAAAAAUUAUAAUCAAGUGUCACAAGCUGCUAUCGAAGACGAAAAUCGAAGAUUCGGUGACAUUAUCCAAGGGAAUUUUAUCGAAGACUAUAGAAAUUUAACGUACAAACACAUAAUGGGUCUUCAGUGGGCUUCUAAUCAUUGCCAACAGGCCAAAGAUAAGUAUUUAUUAGCAGGCUAUGUUAUGACUCACAUGAAACCAAUUAGAGAGUCAACAAAUAAAUGGUAUGUUUCAAUGAAAGAAUAUUCAAGAUCAAAUUACCCAAAUUUCCUGUCAGAUGAUUUAUUUGUUACUGGUUUAUUAGUGGAGAAAACAAAUAUAAGUCUCUUUAAGCUUAAUAGAUUUUACACUACCCAUCAUGAAUAUUUAAAAUGUUGUAUCGAUAAACCGGGUUAUGCUUGCGAUUAUUUAAUUGGUCCUUUAGGAAAUGAUAAUAAACUCUUUUUCAAGUUUCAAAAAUAUGCUGAAAAUUGUUUUUAUAAAAAUUGCAAAAAGAGAAAAGAGGAAAAUUCAGUUAAAAAUACAUGUAUAGCUACAUGGAAAGAAAAUCCAUUCGGCAAAGGUCAUGCCCUUAUUGAUCCUGUAAAGUUAAGGUGA